AUUAAUUGAAAGCGAACGCUAAUCGAUGCGAGUACUCCCACGAAGAAGGCGACGAAGAACUCCUAUUCGCAGUUAACUACCUUCUCCCUCUCGGAUCCACCAGACCCUAACCCUAGAUCGCUCUGCGUCUUCUCCUCCUUCCUCUCCUUGGAUCCUCCUCGUCUUCACCAUCACCGGCUUCGAUCCGACGAUCACCGGCUAGCGGAGAUGCAGCAAGGCGGCGAUUGCGGCUCGGCGUACUACCCCAACCGGUAUCCUCCUCCAUCGGUCCCAAACCCUAGCCCUCACCCUAACCCUAGUGAGUUUCCACCCUCCAAUCCGAUCCAACCAACCUACGCCUCCGCCCCGCCGUAUUCCCAUUACUCCUCCCCAGAAUUCCCGGCCUUUUCCUCGUCCUACCCUCCCUACUCCCAGAAUCCCGACCCCGUCCUCAAUCUCCCCCCUUCUGCCCCCUCCUACAGCCAGUCCCAAUCCCAAUCGCCGUCCCAAAAUCCCCAAUUCACCCCCUACCAGCCCUACAAUCCCUCGCCCUACCCGCCGGAGCAGUCGUCGUCGGCGCCGUUGCCCCACCUCCAGCAGCCCUCUUCGCUUCCUUGUUACCAGUAUGACUCCCAGCAGCCGGCCGGGAAUUAUGCCCCGCCGAUGAACCCUAAUCCCAAUCCCAGUCCUCCACCCAACCAAAGUUCGUCCUUUUCCGCUCCUUUCCCUCCAUAUGAUAACCCUUACGAGAGUUCUGCUGCUAGAUUCGAGCAUGGUGGUGGGUAUUUUAGUGAGAAUUCUGGGAGGUAUGGCGCUGGCGUGGCCGCGGGCUCUGGUCGGAGUGGUUCGGGUUUUGAUCAAGAUUUCUAUGAGAGGAAGCCGGAGAGUGGGCUGCGGUAUGAUCGGGGUGAUUCGCUGAAUGAUUUGCUUGGUGAGGGUGUAUACGCCUAUGAUGGGGGUAGGGUGGAGUCGUACGGUGCUCGGGGAACGGCGGCUACCGGGUCUUCCACAGCGUUAUUUGAUGACUAUGGGAGGUCCAUUAACUUCCCUUCGGCUAGGAAGGACCAGGGAGGGAGUGUGGGGAACAUUGUCAGGGCCGUGCCGAAGGCGGAUACCCAGCAGGACGUGAAGAAUGGGGUGCAGAAGUUCCGGGUCAAGCUAUUGGCGGAAGGGGGUGGUCAGAGCACCACGGAUGUUCUUUGCCAGAUUGGUUUGGAUGGAAUUCGUAUGCUUGAUCCAGGCUCUAGCAGAACUUUGAGGAUAUACCCCCUUGAGACCGUCACAAGAUGGGAAGUAACAGAUUCAUCUGUCUUUGCCUUCUGGUCUAAGAGCUCUGUCGAUAUUGAACCAAGGCGCAUAAGGCUGCAAUCGAACAGCUAUACUACCAAUACCAUACUUGAUACAGUGACAGCUGCAACGGUGCAGAUCAAGGAGAUGGGUGGAAAAGCUAGCCUUGCUAGAGGCAAAGGAACUGCUGAUGAUGCAAAGCUAUCUGAACAGCUAACAGAUAAGAAGAAAGGGUUAGUUGAUUGGCUGAACUUGAUAAAACCUGGCAAUGAGGAGAAGGACCAUUGGGUUCCAGAUGAAUCAGUUAGAAAAUGCACAUCAUGCGGAGCAGAUUUUGGAGCUUUUGUUCGCAGGCAUCAUUGCAGGAAUUGUGGUGAUAUUUUCUGUGACAAGUGCACACAGGGUAGAAUUGCUCUUACUGCAGAUGAAAAUGCUCCGCCAGUCAGAGUUUGUGAUAGAUGCAUGGCAGAAGUUUCUCAAAGGUUGAGCUAUACGAAGGAAGCUGCCAGUAAACCUGCUGGACUGCACAGUCAUGAGGAUCUUGCCAGACAGCUUCAGGAGGAAAUGGACAAAAAUCGUAAGUCAUCUUCAGGUUCAAAGUCCUCUGAUGGUUCUGCAAGGCAGAUGAGGGAAGUUGCAUGUCCCACCUGCACGGUCCAUCUUCAGGUUCAAGUUCCAGCCUCGGGCUCUGAAACAAUAGAAUGUGGUGUCUGCCAGCACCCAUUCCUGGUUAGUGCUCAUUGAUGUCUUCUGAUUUUAUCACAUCGUGGUAAUGCAUCCGACUGAGCUUCAGGAAAUUUUCUGUGUCACAGCUAAUAAGCUCGGUUACCGGCUUUGUAUAGUCAUUAAUAUGGUCAUGUUUUACUCAUUAGACUUGGUGGUUCUUUGCAUAUGAAUCUUCUUUGAGCAGGCAUUGGGAUCGUCAAGUGUGUUAAGUGGUUUCUGAUGACUGGAAACUAAUUUAAAAUGAUUGGAUGGUUUUAGUUGUUGAUGCUUGUUUAGUCUGGCAUUAGGAAUUUACUCAAUAAAUUAGUCGGAGCUGCUUUGCUUCCUUUAUG